CCUUACCUUCAUGCCAGCAGGCUCAUGAGCAUUGCCAAAGAAGAAGAGGGAGAUUUCGACGAUGAGUAUUUGGGCGUUGGACUUGAGUACCCGCCAUCGAAUCCACACUACUCGACCACCGCAUCAGAGGCGUCGGGCUCGUGUCUCCGCCACAAGUUUCCGCAGCAUGUGAGGGAGGAGCAUACUACUGUGGAACUAUUCCAAUGGUUGCAGGCGGACAAAAUCGACCUCGGGGCGGAGUACCAGCGGAAAUUCGUUUGGCCGGCCGAAUCGCAGACGAGCCUUGUCGACUCCAUUUUGCGCGGUGCCCCGGUGAAUCAGUUGAUGUUCGCCAAGUUCACUGAGAAUGGGAGGCAAAGGCUGCGCUGUAUGGACGGGAAACAACGGUUGACGUCGCUCCAGAAAUUCAUGACAGGAGAGAUCAUAUUUCGCAAUGGAGAAGACGGCCGGAAGUACUUUUGGACGGACAACGGCACACAUAGGGGGGCCACUCGUCUCCCUGCUCACGACAGACAAGCCUUUGAGAAAACGGUUAUAUCCUGUCUAGUCUUUGACAAGAUUCUUCCUGAAGAAGAACGCGAUAUCUUCGAGCGGGUUCAACGUGGUCGGCCCCUCAGUAAGGCGGAGAAACUCCGUGCGAUUGUGUCUGCGCGGGCUUCACUCGUUACGGGCCUCGAAACCGACUUCAUCGUCAAUGUCGACUCUCCGCUCAGCCAAAAUCUGUUCAAAGGGUCCUCGCUCCACCGCUCCGUUCCAUUCCGAUCUCUGGCUGAGCUUGUUGGCGCCAUUUCCUUGGGGAAAAUCACUCCGAUGGUGGCGGGGCCCGAGAAAUGGAUGUUGGACCAAGCAGCAGUCCCGCCUCUGCUAGAACAUGACGCGCGGGAGACACUCGAGAUACUGGAGCUCAUUCACCAGCGGACACACACCCUCUACCAGCUUGCGCCAGUGGAAUUUGUCGUUUGCGGCUUUUUGGUAUACCGCCAUCGUUCAAGCACCACCCUGGCCAGGCUGGUUGAUGGGAUCAGGAGUGUAACGAACGAUGUUCGGGAGCAACAUAGAGGCCAGAUAAAGAUGAACACGACGGUGCUGGGGACGAUGAGCGAGUCGGUGGCGACGUGGGCAAGCGAGGGGAACGUUAUUCAUGCUCAGCAAGGAGAAAUUUCCGCGGUUGCAGAGCUGAGGCGGUCAAAGGGAGUAGCAGACGCUGUUCCGUCCCCGAAUACCACUGCUACAGGGGUGGUAGAGCUGGGCAGUCCUCCUCGAUCAAAUAAACGCCCGCGGGAGGAAGACGGGGUUAAGGAGGAGGAGCCGGAUAUCGAGAUUCUCGAUGGCCCACCUGGGACCAGUGCAAUCUUACCGUCUCCGCAGAAGAGGCCCCGGCUUGGGCUACCGCAGCCAAACUUGUCGGGGGUGAUCUCGAAUCUCGCGACUGCGCGGCCAACUCAAGCUGCUAGAGAGGGACAAUAUGUGUUUUCGGCAGCUAGAGGAGCAAGUCAGGUUUCGCCGUCAAUGGCCUCGUCGUCUCAACCCAAUGUUCAGCCGAUACCGGGUCCCUCCCAUUCUAUCGCCUCGCAACCCUCAGCGCUAGCAGCCCAAUCACAAUUUGGCUCUCCACAGACAACACAGACUGCACAUGCACCUACUAGACCACCAUCACAACCGAUGAUGCAGGUCGUGCAUGCUACCAACAUGCAGUCAAGUGCCCACAACUCGCCAAUACUGCGACCACCGUCACAACCCGCCGGACCAUCUCAACCUGUCUUUUCGCAGCUAGCACAUGUCGCGAAUCCACCGACCAGACCACCAUCACAACCGACAAUGCAAGUAAUGCACGCGACAAAUCUGCAGCCAAACGCCCACACCUCGCCAAUAAUGCGACCACCGUCACAGCCAGCAGGCUCAUCACAGCAUCCUGGCUUUUCGCAGAUGCGAUAUCCUGCAAACCCACCUCCUAGACCACCAUCACAGCCAACAACGCCGGUAAUGCAUGGUACAAACAUGCAGCCACACAUCCACAAUUCGCCAAUAAUGCGGACCCCAUCGCAGCCACCUGUGAAUCCACAGACGAAUCUACCUCCCCGACCACCAUCACAGCCCGGCAGGAUCCAUUCACCUUAUAAUACAGCAACGGGUUACAAUGCGCCAGCCAGACCGCCAUCCCAGCCGACGAGCCAAGCGAUUCUUGAAGGUGGGACACAGAUGCAAUCUGCGAUGACAGCGAAUGCGCGAAUGCCGUCGCAGCCUGUCGCCUCGACAAGUGCUGUGCCAUAUUCGCAGCCUCCGCCGGUGAAUUAUGCACCAAUUCCACAGGCAAACGCGGGCAAUGAACCUGUCGUGUACGUGGAUGAACGGGGAAUGCUGCAUCAACGUCCACCGUCGCACGCAUUACCACCACAGACACAAUAUCCUCAUUCUUCCCCCAUUCAGCAGGCAGCACUGCCACCACCACCACCGACGCAAUUUCCUUAUUCAGCAUAUGUGCCGCAACAACCCCAUCCCCCACCACCAAUGCAAUAUCCUUAUUCUGGGCAUUUUUCUUCAUCCCAACCACCGCCGUCGCCCCAGCAAUUCUCGCUUGGAUCCCAACAUAAUAUUAAUCCAACGCAACAGCUUGUUGUGCAACUACUCGCGGCGGCACAACAACAACCUCACGAGUUUUCAGCUACCCUCCUCGGGAAAUUCCUAGCGCUGCCGCCAUCACAGCAGCAGAUAGUGUUCCCCCGGCUUGCGCCCAGGCAGCAGGCCGCGGUCCUCAUCGACACGCGGGUCCUAUUCGAUCCGGCAAUUGCACUGAUCGCGACGCUGGCAAAGGAGACGCAGACGGAGGUCGCGGCACUGAUCCCCGUGCGCUGGGCCGACCUCAAGGACCAUCACGUGGUGAAAAGGUUCCAGGAGUUGACGCCCGAGGAGCGCCGCGUCCGGUUCCCUCACCUCGAUGCGCGUGGGCAGGCGGGCUCGCUUGUGAAGAUGCCGCUCCCGGAGGCACGCGGCCUGCUGCAGGUGCUCCCGCCAGAGCGCCGUGCGCACGUGAUCGGCACAGUUCUGUGGCCUGUCACAGCGCCGGACCGGCCGGCCGUGCCGCCGAUCGUCGGGGAGUACUUCCGCGGCCUGGAUCUCGACGGACGCCAGCGGUUCCUCGCACGCUUGAUUUCAGCGCGGCAGGCGGCACUGUUGGUGCUACUGAGCUACACCGAAGCAUGGGCGCUGCUGCCGGCGUGCUCGGCCGAGGCACGUGAUCUGGCGUCAAAGUGGUAUCCCGACUUCAACAAAGGGCUGAUCCAGUGGUACACGACCACGACGGCGACGCGGCUGCGAGGGCUCGCGUGGGACGUGCGUGUGCGUGAGUUCGGCCGUCUGACAAGCACGGUGCGGGCGGGGGUGAUUGGGUUGAUGACGUAUGCGGAGGCCGGGCCGCUGAUUGGCACGCUGUCACCGGCGGACCGGGAGGCAACGAUCACGCACAUGACUCGGGAGACUGGGGAGAGGCUGAAGCGGGAGGCGGCGGCGGAGCAGGCGCGGCAGUUGCAGGCGAUUAUGGCCACGGUGGGGUCGGCCCGGGCCGCGACGGCAUUACCGGCUGUGACUGAUUUGACAAUGGACUUUACGGACGCGGCGCCUUCUUCAGUGUUGGCGCAGCUACCAGAACCGCCGUUGGGUGAGGAUCAGCCAAUGGAAACAGAAACUCCGGUGGUUGACGGGCUGGAUGCAGCAGAGCCUGUUGCACAAUUACCCAAUACGACUACCGCGGCAUCAACGAUGGAAACUGUCUCUGAGAAUACGGAACUACAGCCAGAUCCCAUUAUUGUGGAAGCAGAGAUGCCGGGGGUUGACGAGCUGGAGGUUGGCACGGAGGUUGCGCCCCAAACGGAGUCACAAUUACCCAACACGACUACCGCGGCGUUAACGAUGGACUCGACGGACACGGCUUCCUCUUCGGUACCUGCCCCGCCAUUGGGUCGCGAGGGUGAAAAUGCUCAGUCGAGUCGAAUCGCGUUGGAAAAUCCCAUAUUGCCAGUCGUUGACGAGGUCGAAAUGGAAAUUGCGACCCAACCGGAGCAGCAAUCGACAGUCACUCAACCGGAGACCAACAGAGAAAGUGCGGCUGAGACGGAGACAGGGACUAUGUCCCAGCCCGAGGGAGCGCCAGAGGUGCCAAACUUGGAAAUGCAAUUACCAAAUUCGGACGACGAAGGCACGGCGAUCAGCACGCCCCGCGCGAGCCCAAGCCCGAGCCCGGCGCCUCUGGAGAGCUCCCAGGAGAUCCCAGUCCAACGAGAAAGACGCGCGUCGUCGCCGAUCCUGGAAGACCCGUCCAUGCCGGGUACACGUGACCCGACCGAGCCGGUCAUCAAGCCGGAGCCGGGGCCGGACCGGGUUCCGUCGCCGAGCCCAAGCACGAGCCGGAAGCCGAUCUCGAUGCGGUUCUCGCCAACAGGGCUGCUCCCUGAAUCGCCAGCGCGAUCUAGGUCGUCUGUGUCCAGGACGGAAGGGACGGGGACACCGGGGAAGGUUCUGUCACGCAUUGUGGUCCAACGGGUUGCGCCGAGUCUGUCUGGGUCUGGAUCUGUGGCGAGCUCAAGUAGGGAGGCGGAACAAAAGACGCCGAGAAAGGUGGUUGUAGUGAGGACGAGUCCCAUGAAGAAGAACGUGGUCAAGGGGAAGAAAGGGCGGGGACCGCCGGGGCAGCGCGGCAUGUAG